GUGAGCAAACUGAGGUUGAUUAAUUAUCUCCAGUUCACCCAGCAAGCUUCACAGCUGAAUGGGGAUGAGUCACAUGAUUCAACAUACCAUCCACUACUCCACACAGGCUGAAACUGUAGGAGACAUGUGGCUGCCACUGAAAACAGCAGCCUGACAUUUUUUCCUCUCUCUCCAAGUAAUAGAAGAUGGAAUUGCUAUUUCUGACAGUAGCCACAGGUUGCAGGUCUAAUAUCAAGAGAACAAGGAAGUGGUUGUGUGUUCAUUAUCUUGCUCAGAUGCUGCUCAAUGUGUGUGACUGGGGGACAGCUGAAUGAUAAUUUAUCCAAAGCCAAACAGUGCAAUUCAGUCUUGGGGAACUCCAUCACCUUGCACAAAUUCAUGCUCUGUUUGUAGAACUCCUGCAAGAAGAAGAAAAAUGAAUUCAAUGGAUCUCCUAUCAGGAGAAGAGAGAAGUGGUGAGAUCAGUUCCAAGAACCCCUUCCUCUCCAGGUGUCAAGUCAUCCUGCUGGCUGAAUUCCAACAGGAAACUGGGGUUUCAUCCUCUUUGCUGGUCAUGAGAAGACUCACAGGCCAAUCUAAAGGAACAUCUCCCAAGAAACUGGACUGACAGAAUCUUAGCAUUCUCCUCCUGAAGCAAUGCUCUAGGAAAUACUAGCACCAUGAAGGGUUUAGGAGAUAACAGAAGCCGCCAUCUCUCUGAUAAUCUGGACUCCCCCCAAGAAUCUCUUUAUGCCACCCAGGACAGGAAUCCUUAUCUCCUUAGCCCCACAGAUUCCUAUACCAUGGAUCCUCGGUUCCCCACUCCAAACUCCCUUCAUAGUGACUGUCUCCUUCCACUCAACAACCAGAUUUCCAACAGUAGCACAUUUCCACGGAUCCAUUACAACUCCCACUUUGAGGUGCCUGAUGAGAACCCAUUUCCAAGCCAUGCGCAAGCCACCAAGAUCAACAGGCUCCCUGCCAACCUUCUAGACCAGUUUGAGAAACAACUUCCCAUCCACAGAGAUGGCUUCAGCACCCUCCAGUUCCAGCGAAGCUCCGAUUCCAAACAGCGAAGUGAGAGCCCUGGAAGGAUCCGGCAUUUGGUUCACUCAGUCCAAAAGCUUUUUGCUAAGUCACAAUCACUGGAAGGUGCCUCCAAAGGUAGCAUCAAUGGCAAGAAAGGCACAGAGGACUCAAAGCAGAACCGCAGGAGCAAGAGUAAGGACAGGGCAAAAACUACUGAAACCAAGCGCAGGACCAGAUCCAACAUAUCAGGAUGGUGGAGCUCAGAUGACAAUCUAGACAGUGACACAUGCAGUUAUCGUAACCCUAUGGGCCUCAUGACACUUGGCCGGCAGCCAGAUCACAGCCAGCCUAGGUACUUCAUGCACGCUUACAACACGAUUAGUGAACACAUGCUGAAAUCCUCCAAGAGCAAUAAUGACCUCAAGGUCACCCCUUGUACCAACAUGCCCAUCAACAGUGAGUCCAACUACAUCAAAAGAGGUUCCUGGUCCACACUCACACUCAGUCAUGCCCGGGAGAUGUGCCAAAAGGCUUCCGCUACCAUUGACCGAGCUCUGCUGAAAUCCAAGUCCUGCCAUCAAGAUUUAGCCUAUCAGUACUUGCAGGUGCCUCAGGGAGACUGGAAUAAUACGUUGACGAAGGACAAAGACAAUGAAAUCCCAUGUCGACGCAUGCGGAGCGGGAGCUAUAUCAAAGCCAUGGGGGAUGACGACAGUGAAGACUCUGAAACCAGCCCCAAGCCAUCCCCGAAAACUGCAGCACGAAGGCAGAGUUACCUCAAGGCCACUCAACAGUCACUGAGUGAGCAGAGCACCACCCAGAGAAGUCUGGACCGACUAGACUCUGUUGAGAUCCUCUUGCCUCCAAAGUUCCCCAGCUGGGAGGAAGAAUACAACCAGAUUACAGAAAACCUCAACGAGUCCAGUUCCAUCAACCAGAUAUUUGGACAGUCCUCCUUUAUUCCACAGAUAUUUACACAAGAAGAGCAGGUGAGAGAGGUGGAGCUGAAUGACCAGUAUGAGGGCCUGUGUGAAUCCACCUACAGUGAAGCAGAGUCAGCAGCUGUGGAGGUGCUGGAUCUGCCUCUUCCCAGCUACUUUCGCUCGCGGAGCCACAGCUACCUCCGAGCCAUUCAGGCAGGUUGCUCCCAGGAAGAGGACACCGUCUCUGUUCGGUCCAUCUCUCCACCCCCAGCCAACAGCAUCAGCGGGAGUCGGACGCUUCCCAGCAACAGUUCGGCAUGUCUAGUGGGAUAUAAAAAGACACCGCCACCAGUCCCACCUCGGACCACCUCAAAGCCGUUCAUCUCUGUCACAGUGCAGAGCAGCACUGAAUCGGCUCAGGACAACUACCUAGACAACCAGGACCACAAGAGUGAGGUCAACAGCCAGUCGGGACUGAGCAAUUCUUCAGACAGCUUAGAUAGUACCAGACCACCCAGUGUAACCAGAGGCAGCAUUGUGACGCCAGCCAGAGAGCCUCCUGAAUUACCCCAGAAAAAUGCAGCCUUGAAAAGUGACAAGGGAACGCUGACUAACGAAGAGCCAAAGGUGGAGAAUAUCCCCAAAAGGAAGUUGUCAUCUAUAGGAAUACAAGUUGACUGCCUUCAGCCAGUGGCAAAAGAGGAGCCCCCUCCAUCAGCCACCAAAUUCCAGUCCAUCGGGGUACAGGUAGAGGACGAGUGGCGCAACAGCCACUCCCGCAGCAUGUCCACCAAGCAGGACACAGAUUCUGACACACAAGAACCGAAUAACUCUAGCUGUAAAUCAUCUGAGAGAAGCCUUGCUGAUUGUCCACCAUGCAACAAUUCCAACAGCCUUGAUGCCAGUACGAGGCAAACAGCCAUGCCCUCCCAGAUCAAGAGAAACCUCUCCUAUGGAGACAGCAAUGACCCAGCCCUAGAGCCUUCCUCUCUUCCUCCUCCUGACCCUUGGCUUGAGACUUCCACCAACACUCCAUCAGAACCAACACAGCCAGGAGCUUGCCGAAGGGACGGGUAUUGGUUUCAGAAACUGCUGCAAGCAGAGACUGAAAGAUUAGAAGGAUGGUGUCGUCAGAUGGACCAAGAGACCAAAGAGAACAAUCUCUCUGAAGAAGUCUUAGGCAAAGUCCUCAGUGCAGUGGGCAGUGCACAGUUACUAAUGUCUCAGAAAUUCCAGCAAUUCCGUGGCCUCUGUGACCAAAACUUGAACCCCAAUUCCAAUCCCAGGCCCACAGCACAGGACCUUGCUGGUUUCUGGGAUCUCUUGCAAUUGUCCAUCGAAGACAUCAGCAUGAAAUUUGAUGAGUUGUACCAUCUAAAGGCUAAUGGCUGGCAGUUGGCAGAGACACCGGAGAAGAAGGAAGAGAAGAAAGCACCCCCUCCUGUGCCAAAGAAGCCAGCCAAAUCUAAAUCUCAGCUAAACAGGGACAAGGCCUCUGAUUCAGUGGAUAAACAGCGCCAGGAAGCUCGCAAGCGACUGAUGGCGGCAAAGCGUGCUGCCUCGGUCCGGCAGAACUCUGCCACAGAGAGUGCGGACAGCAUUGAAAUCUACGUUCCUGAGGCACAGACCCGUCUUUGAGCAAGGGGAAGAGAGGAGGAAAACGCACUCUUUUUCACAUCAUUAAAAGGAAAAAAAGGUUCACUAAA